GACUCACGUAAUCACUCUUGAGAACAAUGUGCAAGGGUAAACUUUCACAGUCAAGCCAUCCUGUUAAUGCCCUUAACUCCUCAGAAGAUCCAACAAGCUACAGAGAUGUCUACUGAGUUUCCUGCAACAACAGGGGUUACAGAAAUGGACACUUUCACAGCCUCUGAGAGCAACAGUUCCACCUGUGACUUAUAUGAGCACAAAGAUACAGCACGGAUACUGCUGUCUGUCUUCUACAGCUGCAUCUUAAUUCUUGGGGUGCUUGGAAACACCAUUGCCCUCACCGUCAUUUUCAAAAACAGAAAGAAGAUCAACUCCACUACUCUGUAUUCAACCAACCUCGUCUUCUCCGAUCUCCUGUUCUGCAUCGCCUUGCCAACAAGGAUAGCCUACUACGCCCUGGGAUUCCACUGGCCAUUUGGAGAAGCAUUAUGUCGAAUAACGGCUCUCCUGUUCUACAUCAACACCUAUGCAGGUGUAAACUUCAUGACAUGUUUGAGCAUUGACAGGUUUUUUGCUGUUGUCCAUCCCUUCCGAUACAAGAUCAGAAGGAUUAAAUAUGCCAAGGGCAUUUGUGUCUUUAUCUGGUUUCUUGUGUUUAGUCAAACUUUCCCAUUACUUAUACAAUCCAUGUCACAGGAAGAAAAAGAAAGGACUACGUGUAUGGAAUAUCCAAACUUUGAAAAAAUAGAACAUCUACCAUUUAUACUUCUUGCUGCCUGUUUAAUAGGGUACCUUGUUCCCCUGGGGAUUAUACUAUUUUGUUACUCUCAAAUUAGCUGCAAACUUUUUCAAACGGCCAAGGAAAAUCCACUGACUGAAAAAUCAGGGAUAAACAAAAAAGCCAUCAAUACAAUCAUAUUUGUAAUUAUAGUCUUCAUCAUCUGCUUUACCCCUUAUCAUGUUGCAAUCAUACAACACAUGAUUAAGAAACUUCAGAACAAACCCUCGUGCUCCGAAACAAAGAUUUUCCAGAAGUCCCUUCAUUAUACCGUAUUUCUGAUGAACUUUAACUGCUGCCUAGAUCCUUUCAUCUAUUUCUUCGCAUGCAAAGGAUACAAGAGAACUGUACUGAAAAUACUGAGACGACAAGUGAGUGUAUCAAUUUCAAGCGCUGCCAGGUCACAUCACGAAGAAAGCUCACGUGAUGUGGGAGAAACGCAAAUGACGGUACUUGCUAAAUCUUCCAAUGGAAAGCUACCUGAAAAAUAAAGUCUGCAGUACAUCACAGCAGGGAAAGACUAAAAAUCCGGGGUCCACAACAAAACUCUUGGCGUUCCCCACACAGAAGCUUAAGUAAAAUUCUGUUUCUCAGGAUGUCAGGAAAUAAAGGAGUGAUGUUGGACUGAGAAAGAUUUGUCACAGAACAGCAGGGAAACUCAGACAUUAUAAUCUCCUUGUUGUAUCCUUUUGAGUGAUUUUUUAAUUUUUUUUCCGGAAAUACGCACCAUUGUGAAUGUUCAAAUUCCAUGCUGCACAUACAUAUGCCUGGAUGUUAAGCAAAGACUUGAUUCCCAAUUUGGAUUAAACAUAAACAGCUUAUAAUUCAGACCAACUACAACAAGAACAUCUGAAAAUUUCAAGACCUCUAGCUGAGCUCCAAUUAUAGCAAUGGUUUCAUUAACCCAAACAUACAAGCAAGGGAAAUGACAUUUUCAGAUGAAAUGGACAACUUCUGUGCACGUUUGAUAUCACAAAUGCUUAAGUUUAUAGCCUUUUGGAGGUGAAGCUGAAUUUUAUAGUAUUUAGAACACGGAUGUGUUAUUGGACAAUUUAUGUAUAUUGUCAAAUAUAACACAUGAAAAACUAAUGAACUGCUUGGUUCUCCCCAACACUGAACAUAUCCUGUAUGUUAAAUCACUCAUCUUCACAAGGUGUAUUAUGUCUUUGCUCCUUUUCCUAAAGGAGAACUUUUCUUUCUAGUGUGUCUUGUAAAGAGUCUCUACUCCAUUGUAUAUAAAUUAUUUAUAAACACAAAUUGAAGCAAGAGACUGUAAUAUGAAAAUGUACCAUUUCAGUUAAAAGAACAGUGAUACAGAGUUCUUCAGAACUUCUGCUCAAGUCAGACAUGGACACAACACAAAUGUUUUAGAGACCUGAAUAAAUGGUCACCAUUGGGGUCAGCAAAAAGUAAACUAUGGGUUAAUUCUGACGGUGUGAGAUGGCUACCUCUCUGUAAGUGCUGUUUAUCUGAGAGAUCAACAAACGAGAAGCGCAGGAUGUGCUGGGAAAGAACAACUUUUCCCAUCACACCUUCAUAGAGUGUAUCUGGGAUCCAUUUGGGCACACUGAAAUUGUGCCAGGAAAGAGACCAAAUGCCUUAAACACAUCCUGCUGGAAUCAGCUCAAUACCAGUUCAGAAUCCAGGAUGCAAGCCCCGGGUUCCUGCUGUCGUCCCCUUCCGUCACAUGUCAGUUUCCUUCCCUACUUUAUUUCUGGCCUCUCUAACUUUACUUUAGUGUUCUAUCUUAUUGAUAUGCCUUCAUCUGCCAACAGAACUUGGUGACUGCACCAGAAGGCUGUGGUGGAAAAGGAAAAUUAAAGACUGCUUGACAAUUAUAAAUAAAAGCUAUGCCACGUGUCAGAAUAGACGUUAUUUAUUGCAGCUGUAUCUGUCUGGCAUUGAGGGUGAGUGAAACAAACAUAGUUACAUUUGUCAUCUUUGCAAUUCCUUCCUUCCUCAUGUGUUGACCUCCCUCUACUUGCAAACAUGGAAGGGUCAUAUCUGAACUGUAUGGAAACAUUUAAUUAACAAUUACUUUCUUAUGGCAAAGAAAACAUAACCCCCCCAAUAUUUCGUACCACUUAGACUGCCAAAACGGAGCUUCCAAUUACAAGAGACACUAUGCAGUUUCAAAAAAUUAGGUAAGAAAAAUAAUUUUUAACAGUUCCCCUUAAUUCUAUGUGCUAUAAACACUUCUG